AUGAAACCCCACGGAGCUGCCGCCGCCAGCCAUGGAGCCGCCUCCCCCGCCGCCGCCGUCAGCGCCUGGCCUGCCCCUCGGGGCGCCGCGGGCUCGGAGGCGGAGAAAGUGGUGCACUCGCGCUCGCAGGCGCUGCUCUUCUUGGGCGGCGGCACGAAGGCGCUGGGCGACGCCUUCAAGCUGCUGGUGCCCAAGUCGACGGAGUUCAUGAGCUCCGACGCCGAGCUGUGGAACUUCCUGUGCAGCCUCAAGCACCAGUUCUCGCCGGUCAUCCUCCGCAGCAAGGACGUCUACGGCUACGCCUCGUGCCGAGCCUCCGUGCCGGACCUGUCCCGGGGCUUCGCGGCGGCGGCGGCGCAGGGCAGGAGGGAGCGGCCGUGGAGGAGAGCCGCCGCCAGGGGGAGGCGCCUGCGGGUCGCCGCCGCCGCCGGAGGAGGAGGCGCGAAGAGGGCGGCCAAGAAGCGCUGCAAAGAAGCAGCCGAGGUUGCCCGCUGCGCUUCCGACGGGCGCCCCCAGCAGCAGCAGCAGCAGCCAUCGGUUCCCGGCCCGGCAGCGCCGCCCUUGCCCGCGGGGACUCUCUUCGAGGGCAGGUCCCUCGAGAGCAUCUGGCAGGCGGCCACCCCCCGCCAGCCGGACUCCUUCCCCUCCGUCAAGGUGCGCGGGAGCGUGUGGAACCGGCGCAGCUUGGAGGCCGCCCGGCGGAGGGCGCGGCGCCUCCUGGGGGUCGACCUGGCGCCCGUCGUGAGACUCCGCCGCUUGCCGCUGGUCGGGCGCAGAGGAGCGGGCGCCCCUUGAAGGACCCGCCCCAGGCACCAGGCUUGGGGGGCGGAGAACCGGGAUUGUGGUGUGUUUUUUGGGGGGGUCUUCUCUCCUCGCCAGCCGCGACGUAGCGAACAAGCGAAGGGAGGCGCGUGGCAGUCACCUGUUUACAAUUACUUUGGUCCGGAUUGGGUCGUCCUUACCAUUCAAUGAACUGCACUUUAGGGCGAAGUCUUGGGAGGACUGUCGCCCCUUUCCCAGCCCCAUUUCCCCCAUCUGGACUGGAAGGCCGCCCACAGCUGGCUGCUCGCCACAGGGGAGCCUUUUCUACUUACCUUGAUAACCUUGGGCUGAGGAGGAGGCAAGAGAUGCAGUCUGGUUUUUCCUUUCCUUUCGAGUCACUUUUUCUUUCUUGCCAUUGGGCUACCUCACUCACGAAUUUGGCAAAGAGAUCACUUGUUGCUCCCCCUCCCCCUUUCCAAAGGAACUUUGCUAUCAGUUUAAUGCCAAUUUCCCCCCCUUUAAGAAGUAGCCAAUGGAUUAUUAUGUAUGACUUUUGUGCAAUUGCACUAGAUGCUCAGGGUUACUUGAAUAUGCUAAGUGUUUCCAGUUUCAGAUAACGGGACUUAAGCUUUUGACCAAGGAUGCUCAAGGAAUAAAGACUUCAUUAACAGCUCACGGCUGAUUUGAUGGUGCAAAAAUGUUUUGCUCCUUUUUGUUUUUGUUCUGUACAUGAGUUGGACUUUGUGAUAACAAACUUUCAAUAUAAUAAUGGUUGAAUGUUUUGUAUGUAAUAAAGUUUUAUAGUUGAAAUUUAACUAGUAUUUCUAAUAGUUUCUAAAAAUGAGAAUUGUAUUGGAUACUUCAUUUUAUAUAAUCCUUACUUUAGAGAAGCUCUCAAUCUAAGCGAAAACUAAUAAAAGUGU